GCCAGCGCCGAGCGUCGCGGUGGCGGAGAGGCCGUGGCUGAGGCGGGGAGCGAGCGGCGGCUGCAGCAAUUGUGUGCCAGAAAUAUGGCUACGGACUGGCUCGGGAGCAUCGUGUCAAUUAAUUGUGGAGAAAGCUUGGGAGUCUACCAAGGACGAGUGUCUGCUGUGGAUCAGGUCAGCCAGACUAUUUCCCUGACACGGCCCUUCCAUAAUGGGGUCAAGUGCCUCGUGCCAGAAGUCACCUUCAGGGCAGGUGACAUUACUGAGCUGAAAAUCCUGGAGAUCCCAGGGCCAGGGGACAGCAGACAAUGCGGGGAUCUGCAGCAGACAGAAAUGGGUGUCUCUGGCGUUGGAUGCCAAGUGGGUCCCAGUCAAAACGGCACCGGGAAAGUGUUAAAAAAGCCCAUAUCCAGCAGUGCCCCGCAGAAUAUCCCGAGGAGAAUGGACAUGAAGAAUCAGGAUAUGAUCAUCUCACCCCAGCAGCAGUGCUCCAAGAGCUACAUGGAUCGCCACGUGGAGAUGUUGCCUCAGUCCAAAGGCUUCCGUCGCAGGCACAAUUCCUGGUCAUCCAGUAGCCGUCAUCCGAACCAAGUGACUCCAAAGAAGAGUGGCCUGAAGAAUGGGCAGAUGAAGAGCAAAGAUGAUGAAUGCUUUGGGGAUGACAUCGAUGAGAUCCCAGACACAGAUUUUGAUUUUGAAGGGAACCUGGCCCUUUUUGACAAGGCAGCCGUGUUUGAAGAAAUAGAGACUUACGAGAGGAGGAGUGGCACUCGUUCCAGGGGCACCCCAAAUGAGAAACCAGCUCGCUAUCGGCAUGACGAGAACAUCUUGGAAUCGGAGCCCAUAGUCUACAGAAGGAUUGUCGUACCCCAGAACACUAACAAAGAAUUCUGCACGGACUCUGGGCUGGUUGUGCCGAGCGUGUCUUACGAGCUCCACAAGAAGCUGCUGUCGGUUGCCGAGAAACAUGGGCUGACUCUGGAGCGGAGGCUGGAGAUGAUGGGAGUGUGCGCCAGUCAGAUGGCCCUCAGCCUCCUGGGGGGACCCAACAGGCUGAACCCGAAGAACGUGCAUCAGCGGCCCACAGUAGCGCUGCUGUGCGGCCCCCAUGUGAAGGGGGCCCAGGGCAUCAGCUGCGGGCGCCACCUCUCCAACCACGAUGUCCACGUCAUCCUUUUCCUACCCAACUUUGUCAAGAUGCUGGAAUCCAUCACCAAUGAGCUGAACCUUUUCAGCAAGACGCAAGGCCAGCAGGUGUCCAGUGUCAAAGAUCUCCCAGAUACUCCUGUGGACCUAGUAAUCAACUGCCUGGAUUGUCAUGAAAAUGCCUUUUUGAGAGAUCAGCCUUGGUACAAAGCGGUUGUGGACUGGGCCAACCAGAACCGGGCUCCUGUGCUCAGCAUAGACCCUCCAAUGAAUGAGAUGGAGCAGGGCAUCGAUGCCAAGUGGUCGCUGGCCCUGGGCCUGCCCCUGCCCCUGGGUGAAAGGGCAGGGCGUGUGUACCUCUGUGACAUUGGCAUUCCCCAGAAGGUCUUCCAGGAAGUGGGAAUAAACUACCACUCACCUUUCGGCUGCAAAUUUGUCAUCCCACUGCACUCCACUUAGAGCCCAUCCAGCCACACAGCUCUGAGGUGAGAGAAGAGAGAAGGAGGAGGUCUGUCAAAUACACUGUUCAGUGGCUCCUCACUGGUAAACUCGUGACGCCUUAAGGAUGUGAAGUUCUAGAGAGUUUUCCUUCCAGAAGACACGUUGUGUAUUUAAAGAAAAAAAAAUAAUCACAAAAUGAAACAAAAAAAAAAAAGGAGGAAGCAAGUGUUCCUGCAAAGCUGUUUUCAUUCUCCUGUGCCAUUGCGUGAAGAAACACACAGGAAGAUGAUGUCUGUCCCUGGCGAAGGUAGCUGCUGCCUCCCAGGCCCAGACAGGAGGCUGUUUGAUGAGGGGAUGUAGGUGGAGGUGGUACAAGUGAUGGCUAGUUUGGAGAUUUGAGAUAUAUUUCUGUCCUUCUGGGCAGACAGACCCAGGAAGGAUGUCCUGGUGGGAGCAGCAUCCCAUGAUUGUGUAGGAAUCAUAGUGGGACGGAAGAUUCGGUUUUGUUCUAUUGUUCUUUUUUACUCCCUCACCCCUCCCCUGGUUUAUGUUCUGAAGGCAGCUGUCACUUGCCGUCCCUCCUGGACCCUCCAGGAGAACAUUCCCUCUUUGGAAAGCUUGUGUCAAGAGCCAGAAGCUGUCAGGUCACAGAUGCUCUGGGAACACCGAUGGCCUCAGCUAGGCCUUACUUGCUUAUAUACUCUGUUGGUUUUUUGUUUGUUGGCUUAGUGGGUGAAGCACAGGUCCUGUGGGAGUGAGGUGUGGUGUGGAAUUGGACUUUUCCAGGAUAGGUGUGGGGUUUGGUUGAUGGAGUUCUUUCUUUCUUUAUUCUUUCUGGCACAGUAGUGGCAGAAUCAGGGAAAGGCUGCUGAAGCAGGGCAGUGUCAUCCUGCGUUAACAAAUGCAUACACCUCGUGUAUGGUGCAGAUAAUGUUUGGGUGAGUUUCCCCAGUGCGUCCAGUGUCCCUCCCGCACUAGGUGUGGUUUGGGAAGUAGGUCAUGGAUCUUUUAAUUCCCUUUGGGCUCGUUUGUGUGUCUGCCUGCUGGGAACCAGCUUGAGAAUGGAGAGGUACAGCAGGAGGUUCUUGUUGGGAUGGCUGCAGGGGGUUGCAGUGUCCUGGCUGCUCUGCAUGCCAUGUGUGCUGCUCCAGGACAUGCUGCAUUGUCCUUCCCUGCACGUGGUUUGGGCCCAGUGGAGCCCUGGAGCAGGGACAUCCUGAGAUCCCUGUGGGCAGCUGGCUCCCACAAUCCAGGGCUCCACAGGUGCUGUGCCAGCAGCUGCCCCAGGAGGCAUCAACCCUGGAGCCGUUCCUGCAGGGGGGCAGGCAGAUGCGAGGCAGGGGCCCUGCUCUCCCAAAGGGACUCAGCUCCCUGCCUGGGCACUGCUUGAAGCUCUGCUACUCCUCUGGUAGGUACCUAAAGCUGGCACAGACUCUACUCUGGCAUUGUGAGAUCUUCAGGGCUUCAAACAGUGCCUUUUCUCUGGGGGAGCUGGAUCCCUUUUGAGGCUGACGCACAGGGAUGUGGUCACCUACUCUUGCAGCUGCUCUGUCACUGCACCCUGCUAAGCAGGUAGAGUCCUGCUUAGCAAACCUACUGACCCACUCAGUGCUCUGCUGGGAGAGGAUUUACAGGACAGGCACUCAUCUCUUCCCUUUAUCUGCUUAGAACAAAGGCUGAGCAUAUCAAAGGAGGAGAGGAAAGCAGAAGCAAUUAGUAUUGCCUAGGAGUGUGCAGUGACAGGGAAGACCCAGCCUUUAGGACAGGAGGCUGGUGAGCCCUGGGCCUGUUCCCACAGCCACCCAAGGCUUCUUUCCCUGCCAAACUGCCUGCACCUCGCUGUAUCUACCUCAGCAGGGUGGAAGGCGCUGCUCCUCUUGGAGUCUGCAUGGCUGCUUCACCUGAGACGAGGGCUGAACCAUGUCAGUGGCCUAGGCCAAGCGGCUUUAGUGCUCCCACUGUGGGGCUGGAGGAGUUGGUGCUGUGACGGGACAAAGCUCUGCACUUGAGCAUUUCCUCUCCUGCCGGAAAGGCAAAGCCUCAGAUUGCCUGAGGGGAACCAUGUUUCAAGUAAACUGGAGUGGCAUUGACCAAGCCAUGGUUGGGACAUAGCGAUGCAGUUGGUUAUUUAAGAUACAAGUGUGAGGCUUCCCUCUGCCUUUCUUGUUUCUGCUUCAUGUUUUUCAGCUCUGUCUAACCUGGAGCUGGGCAGACGCGCGGUGGCUGGGUUCAAAAGGUGGCCAACCCUCCCUUGGUCAUUGCUGUAGUGCAGCAUUAGCUUUAGUCCCCUUGUUUUAACUUUCCUUGCUCGAGACACUCGAUAAGAGAACUUGCUGUUUCAAUUUCUGCUUUUCUUGCCCCUUCUGGGUUCGGCUAUUAAACUGUAGUGUUGAAAUCCUCAAGGUUUCACUGCAGGGUCCUUUGUGCUUCCACACUGUGCCCGUGGCUGCAGGGCCGUGACCUGAAGGGCACUCAGGCAGGUGAGGAUGAUUUUGCUGUGCUCAGCCCUGUGCCCACUGCCACACAGCUCCAGGAAGCACCGCAGCCCUGGCAGUGCCAGUCGUGCAGUGAUAGGCUUCCACAUGUUUAAGCAAAACAUAAAGCGAGCAGUGUUGUACAACAGGAGGGUACAAACCCUCACCUAAGGACAGGGAUUCCAAAUCCCUACUUGAGCAGUGUUUAGGGCACAGCAGGCAGCACUGGGCUCUGUUUGGCUUUAAAGUGUGCUCACUUUCUGGAGAUGAGGGCUCAGUUUGGGUAUUUGGCUGUACUUUUCCCUGUAUACAAAGGCUUAAUUGAGGAAGUACUGGCCUUAGGCACAUUAAAUCCACAUGAAAUACAUCUUCUGUGCAGCUGUGAGUACUUGUGGAGCACCUGGAGCCUCAGAAAGGGGGUGGAUCCCUUCCCCGACAUUGCCAGAGUUAAUUCAAAUAAGAGAACACUUUUUGCCUGUGCUCGAGUUCCUGCCUGCCACCUCAACCACCAUCCUAGGCAGGAACUGCCCCUGAGCACUGCUCUGGUCACUGACACGUGAAGAUCAUUGCACUAUGUCACUGCUUGAGACUCCAUUUGUGACCUAAUGUCUGUAAUGACUAAUUCCUGCCACUGCGGGGGGAGGCCCUGAAAUAAAGUGUGACUAUUCAUG